GUAAGACUUUGGGGGGGAAAACAAGGAAGAACUCACAAGCGGAACACUCCCUACACGGAGCCGAUACAGCUGGCGGGUUUGUUGAGGUUCAGAUAUGGAUGUUCCCGAUUCACCGCAUGGGAAUAUGGGACUACUUCGUACCUUUGACUCUUCUGAGUUCUGCACCUGGGAGAAAAUCGGCUCCGGUGGGUUUGGACAAGUGUACAAAGUGCGGCAUUCUCAGUGGAAAACAUGGCUGGCUAUCAAGUGCCCUCCUUGCCUUCACGUGGAUGACAAGGAACGGUUGGAGCUGCUCGAGGAAGCCAAAAAAAUGGAGGCGGCCAAGUUCCGAUACAUCCUGCCUGUAUAUGGGAUCUGCGAGGACCCCCAGGGUCUGGUCAUGGAAUACAUGGAGACCGGUUCGCUGGAAACGCUGCUGGCCACCGAACCGCUGCCUUGGGAGCUGCGCUUCCGCAUCAUCCACGAGACGGCCGUGGGGAUGAACUUCUUGCACUGCAUGAACCCGCCCUUGCUGCACCUGGACCUGAAGCCUGCCAACAUCCUGCUGGACGCACACUACCACGUCAAGAUAUCAGAUUUUGGCCUGGCUCGCUGGAACGGCAUGUCACGGGCCGAAGACAUCAGUAGAGAUGGCUUCUGUGGGACCAUUGCCUACCUGCCGCCUGAAAGCAUCAUUGAGAAGGACAGAGUGUCGGACACCAAACAUGACGUAUACAGUUUUUCUAUUGUCAUCUGGGGCAUCCUGACUCAAAAGAAACCCUACCAAGGAGAAAACAACAUCUUGCAGAUCAUGGUGAAGGUGGUGAAAGGGGUGCGUCCGGAUCUAGGGGCAGUGCCGCGCAGUCGCCCGACCGCCUGCAUGGGCUUCUUGAGUCUCAUGCAGCGCUGCUGGGCAACAAACCCUGAGGCCAGACCCAGCUUCCAGGACAUCACAUCCGAAGCUGAAGAUCUGUGCUCCAAACCUCAAGCAGAGUCCAAGACUCCGACCUCGUCCGUGUCCGAGUCAGAGUCCACCUCUUGCGACGUGCUGUCCCUUCACCAGGUUCAAAACACAAAGCAACCCGUGCGUCCGAAAUCGGCCAUGUUGCCGGAAAAAGACUACAGUCUGUCUGAGCUGCUGACCCAAGUGGAUUCUGGGAUCUCCAGGAGCUUUGACCGUCUGAAGGAGGAUAGCAGCUACAGCAAAGAGAACACAUGCAAAAGGCUGUCUGGCAUGUCGUCUGCAGACUCCGCCUUCUCGUCACAAGACUCCAUAACGAUGUCGUUUGAGAAGGAAAACACGAUUGAUUCCGCUGAGGUCCACAAGAGGAAGUUAUGCGACGCCAUCAGAACCAAGGACACCGCAAAGCUGAUGAAGAUCCUCCAACCGCAGGAUGUUGAUCUUCUCCUGGACGGAGGAGGCAGCCUCCUCCAUCAUGCCGUCACCUUGGCCAACGAGGAAGCCGUCAAGUUCCUCCUGCUGAACAACGCCGACCCCAACCUCGCCAACGCCCGCGGUUCCACACCGCUUCACCUGGCCACCGAGAACCACUCGAAGCCUCUCGCCGAACUCCUGCUCGGCCGACGCAGCACCAACGUCAACGCCAAAGACGAGGACCAGUACACGGCUUUGCACUGGGCGGCCCACAACGGAGACGAAGCCAUUGCGCGACUGCUUCUCGACCGAGGGGCGGCCAUUAAUGAAAUUGACGGUCAAGGGCGAACGCCUGCUCACGUGGCGUGCCAGCACGGACAAGAGAACGUUGUUCGAGUGCUGCUGAGCCGCGGCGCUGACGUCCGCAUCAAGGGUAAAGACAACUGGACGGCGUUGCACUUGGCCGCCUGGCAAGGACAUCUGGGCAUCGUGAAGCUGCUGGUGAAGCAAGCGGGCGCCGACGUCAACGCGCAGACGGCGCACGGCCGCACGGCGCUGCAUUUGGCCUCCCAAAGGGGGCAGUAUCGAGUGGCGCGGAUCCUCAUCGAACUUAAAGCAGACGUUCACACGACGGCGUCCGGCUUGAACACGCCGCUCCACGUGGCGGCCGAAACGGGUCACACCAGCACGUCACGCCUCCUUAUUAAACACAGCGCCGAUAUCCACGCCGAGAACAGCCAAGGGUUCACCCCACUCCACUUGGCGUCCCAGCGGGGCCACCUGGCCACAGUCAAGAUGUUAACAGAAGAGGGGGCGGACCCUCAAAAACUCGACCCGACCCGACGCACCCCCUGCCAUUUGGCGGCAGAGUACGGACACUGCGAAGUUCUGAAAACGCUUCUCCUUCACUGUCCAGCUGAGGGCGCUCUGUCGGAGGAGCUCAGCCUCUUGCGCGUGGCGGAGCAAGGUGGGGGGCGCUCGCCGGGGGACUUUAUCGUCGAGAACUCGGCGCCGCCUGAACCCGAGCAGCUACCGGAGGCUAAGCCGCUCCAGAGAAGAGUUGUCAUUCUCAAACUGACGGAGCACAACGACAAUCCGCAGUGUGCGCCGGCCUUGUGCUAACACUGCGAUUAACUGCAGUUAACUGUGUUAACUAUAUGCCCAGUUUGAGGUCUGCAAAUCAAAUGUAAUAUAAUAUGCUAAACACACUAUUAGGAUUUUAGCGUGGAAAAAUGUCAUGUAAAUAUGUACACUGUAAAUAGAGAUAUGUCAACAUAUACAAUUUUACUUUUGUACCUGAUACCCUUUUUGGAACUGCAUAAGCUCGUGUUGGUGGGAUUCCAUUUUGAUCAGGAAGUCCGUAUUUGUGCAACUUCCUGAUGUUGCUGAUGCUGCCUGUACAAGUCGUGGAACACCAGCCCUUUUUUGGAUUCCUAAAUGGAUUUGGUUGGUGUUCUGAGCAUGUUAAAGACAUUAAAAAAAAACUUUUAAACCAAUCCUUUGUUUCAGGAC